AUGGAGCUCGCCCCCUUCAAGCCCGCGGCCGGCGCCCUCGUCGAGUGGGGCGGCGCGGGCUCGAUCCCCGCGAUGGUGGCGGCGCAGCAGCAGCAGCUGCACGCGCAGGCCGACCAGCUCCAGCGCCUCGUCGUCGCCCAGUGCCGCCUCACCGUUUUGCAUGCUGCUGGUGCAUUGUCUAUCAAGAUAGGUAAAAAACCAAGGGAUCUGUUGAAUCCGAAAGCAGUUAAUUUCAUGCAGUCACUUUUUGCUGUGAAAGAUACUCUUGGCAAAAGAGAAACUCGUGAAAUUAGCGCACUUUGUGGGCUUACUGUUACACAGGUAAGGUUUUUUUUUGCAAGUCAGCGUACACGAGUAAGAAAAGCUGUCCGUUUGUCACGAGAGAAAGCACUCAAAUUGGAGGCAUCCAAGACAGCACUCAAAUUGGAGGCAUCCAAGACGGCUACCAAUGUAUGCUCCUUGAACAGUGAGCAGACACCUCUUGACAUUGAGACACAUGCUCAAGUUGUCGAACCUUUGAGUACUUUAGAACCAUUGGAGAUGUUCCAAAGCUCUUCACAACUAGUGGAGGUCCCUCAGAGCUCUCUACAACAACCAGAGGUCCAGCAGUGCACUGCAACCCCAAUCCCUAUCACCCCUACGGGAACAAUCCAACCAACUGAUGCUAAGAUUAAUCCAGAUUCUGUUCAAAAGGAAACCAAACAAGAGGAAGUUGCCCCUGGUGUUGAGUCAGAAGAUAAAAAGUUUUUGGAUAGUAUAUUUGCCCUAAUGCGGAAGGAGGAAACAUUCUCUGGACAGGUCAAGUUGAUGGAAUGGAUUCUUCAAAUAAAUAAUGCUACGAUUCUUAGUUGGUUCUUAACAAUGGGCGGUUUGACUAUUGUGUCAACAUGGCUGAGCCAAGCAGCUACUGAAGAGCAAACAACUGUUAUUCUCGUCAUUUUCAAGGUGCUUCUUCACCUCCCACUACAUAAAGCUUUGCCCGCCCACAUGUCAGUUGUAUUGCAAACUAUUAACAGAUUGCGGUUUUAUAGGACACAAGACAUAUCUGGCAGGGCCAGAAACCUGCUCUCCAGAUUGAGUAAAGUGCUCGUACGGAGUCAGGCAUCGAAGAAACCUCAAAAAGAUUUAAUCUGUAAACAAAGGAUAAGUGAAAUUCUCCACGAUGAGUCCUGGAAAUCUGAAGUUGAUAUUACUGAGGAGAUCCUUGCCUUGACUGAAGGUGCAAGUGAGAGCAGAAAGCCUGAGCCCAAGAAAACUCCACUGCUGCUCACUGCUUCUGCUGAUGAGUCGUAUAAAAAGAGUCCUGUGCAGACAAAGUCCAAAGAAAGAAGAAAAGUUCAACUUGUAGAACAUCCAAAUCGGAAAGCUGCUGGCAAGAACGCUCAUUCUGCAAGGACCAUAUGUACAAAUAAUAGCAGACCAUUAUCUGCAGAUGAUAUCCAAAAAGCAAAGAUGCGUGCCAUGUUUAUGCAGGAGAAGUAUGGCAAGGUUGACACAAGUAAAGUGUCUGAUAAACCUGAGACGACAGAAAAUAAAAAACCCUCUGGCUUGGUCAACUCAAAUGAGCCCCCUAUGCCCAGAAGUCCCCUCACAUCAACUGCUAAACAACCUGUUGACCCAAGCCCAUCAACUUCUAUACAGAAUGCUGUACCUUUGUCUGAUAAUCCAGAAAUCCUGGCCACUCCGAAGCUAAACAUAGCUCUCAGAGAGACCCCCAUAGAGAAAUUGGAUUCCAAGAGGGUUCAUUGGCAGAUACCACCAGAGGUGUGGAUAGACCCCUCGUGGAGUGUUAGUGCCGGGGAAAACAGCAAGGAGCUUGACGUUCAGGCACAGAGAAAUCGACGUGAGAAGGAAACCUUUUAUGCAAGUCCAAAGGACAUCCCAUCGAAUCCCAAGGACCCAUGGGAUUCGGAAAUGGACUUUGACGACAGCCUGACCCCAGAAAUUCCAAUUGAGCAGCCACCAGAUGCUGACACUAUGGAGGUGGAUAGCGUCGGAGCUGCCCCUCCAAACAUGGUUGUUCCUGGUGAGAUCCAGCAAGUUGGAUCAACCUCGUCGUCAUCUCUGACAGUCGCUUCUGGUGCAAAUGGUGCAGCUUCUGAGCCAGAUCUUGAGCUGCUUGCAGUGCUGCUCAAGAAUCCACAGCUUGUAUUUGCUCUAUCAUCUAACGAGGUGGGGAACCUGCCAACCGAGCAGACUGUCGCCCUCCUGGACAUGCUGAAGCAGACUGGCCUUGGACUUUCGGAGCUGGUCAAUAGUCUGCCCAACGGUGCUGGGGUUCCAAACAAGCCUGAAUCCGUCCCUGAAACUAUCCCUACUUCACUUCCAUCACCGACUCCUCCAAAAGAUCUUCCAGCAAGUGUGGGCUGGAGAUCUGAUUUUCCGACGCAUGUGAGGGCCCCAAACUUGCAGCAGGCGCAGUUACCAAAUAAUGGAAACACACCUUUUGCAAGCGAAGUGCACCAAAGCUUCUCAAAUGUUGUUAGUCCGUUGCCUUCACAACCCUAUACUUCAGUUUCUGCCUUGCCGGCACACAUCCAAAGUAACGCCCCGUCUUUACAAUCUCAGUCGGCGAUCUCAGUAAAUUCGCUGACUCAGUAUGCUGCGCCCGUGAAUAACAUGUUGGAUAGAACCUUGGUACACCAGCAUACCCAGCCAUAUGGCUUGGCGUCUGAUCAUGCUGCAGUGGCCAUCCAUCAGCAGCCAGCGGUAAAUAAACCAGCCCAUGAAUUUCAGAACAUGUCAAACUCCGGUCUAGCACGUUCCUUGACGCCCGAGCCGAAUGCCGCUUAUGCGACAUUCCCCUGGCAAUCUGGUGCUGCUACUGUUGCAAGCACUGGACGGAGUACAACACCUGAUCAGUGGGCCGACCGCGUAACCAAUUCAUAUAAUGACGCGUCAGCGCCCUAUCUUAACCAGAGUGCUUACAGCAACCAAAGCUCAUACGAUGCCUAUGGUUCUUCUACGUCAGCCUCAUCCCAGGGACUGAACAGAAAUGGUUACACCCAAACAACGUCAGAGUACCAGAUGUUGGGGCGUAACGUUCGCCAGCGACACUCGCUAUCCCCUGAGCCAGGUUCCGCUAGAGUAUAUGGUGGCACACCAGGGUACAUUCCGGAGGUGUCGAAGCUGGGGAAUUACGGGCAGCAGAGCUACAAUCCUCCUGUGGCGUCAAGGGACUGGAGUUCCGGGCAGCAGAGUUAUACCCCGGCUGAACCAUCAAGGGACUGGAAUUCUGGGCAGCAGAGCUACACCCCGGCUGAACCAUCCAGUGACUGGAGUUCCGUGCAGCAGAGCUACACUUCGGCUGAAUUAUCAAGGGACCGGAGGUCCGGGCAGCAGGGCUACACCCCAGUCGAGCCUUCAAGGCAGUGGAGCUCGGGGCAACAGAGCUACACUCCAGCUGAACCUUCAAGGCAAUGGAGCUCCGGGCAGCAGGGCUACACUCCAGCUGAGCCUUCAAACCAAUGGAGCUCCGGGCAGCAGGGCUACACUCCAGCUGGGCCUUCAAACCACCGGAGCUCCGGGCAGCAAGGCUACACCCCAGCAGAGCCUUCAAGGCAGUGGAGCUCGGCGCAACAGGGCUACACCCCAUCCGACCCUUCAGUGCAGCAGGGCUACACCCCCGCCGAGCCGUCGAGGCCGUGGAGCACGGCCAGCCAGGGGGCCCAAAACCCUGACACAUCAAGGCAAUGGAGCGGCGCCGGGAAGCAAGACUAUUACAACACUCCGAGCGACGGCCGGAGUCCGUAUGACCAGCGGCGGAGAAGACGAUGGGAGUGAGUUGUACAUUAGCUAAUUCUUUUGGGGCUCCCUCCCUCAUUGUGUGAUGUUCCAUUCGUUAAUUGUGGUGGUCCUCUGCGAUUGGCGCCGAGGACGUCGAGAAAAACUAUACAUCAUGUAAUGUCAGUAGUAGUAGUAGCUGCAGGUGGAUGAUGGAGAACAGAGGGAAACAGGAAACUUAUAGUAGAGAGGAUAGGUAUGCAUCCAAUGAUAGCCAAAAUUUUCUUUCCGCCGCACGCGCGUCUGCCAUAUUGGGCGAUCUGUCUCCGUCUUCGGCGUCUUGCGCGUUUUGUGUGUGCUGCAAAGGGAGUGGGGAAGAAAAGAGGUGGCGCGUGCCAUCCAGGGAAUGUACCUUGUUCUUUAUUCGCAUCGUCAAUCAAUUAGGAGUAGAUGCUUGGUGUUUUUUCA